CAUAGAAGAAGAAGGUUAUUUCGGUCGAGGAACGUCAUCUGCGUCUGUAAGGUGUUCUGAAACCAGGGAAGGGAUGACCGGCCAGACGGAGGCUGAUAUACCUGAAACGGGAGCAGUCUUCACCUUUGGGAAAAGCAAGUUUGCUGAUAAUGUGCCCAGUAAAUUCUGGUUGAAGAAUGACCAUCCAGAGGAAAUCUCAUGUGGGGGGGAUCACACUGCUGUCAUAACAGGCCAUGGCAGGCUGUUCAUGUUUGGAAGUAAUACCUGGGGUCAGCUAGGACUGGGGUCAGAGAUCAAUGUCAACAUCAACAAGCCCACCGCUGUGAAAGCGUUGAAGUCUGAAAAAGUUAAGUUUGCAUCAUGUGGGAGAGACCACACAAUAGUGUGCACAUGGAGUGGGCGUGUUUAUGGUGCUGGCAGUAACCAGGAGGGGCAGCUUGGUUUGGGACACUGUGACGACACAAACACCUUCCACCUGCUUCAUCCUUUCUCUGACCAUGCACCAAUCAAAAUGCUUGCUGCUGGCUGCAACACCUCAGCUGCCCUGACAGAGGACGGCAGGCUGUUCAUGUGGGGUGAUAACUCUGUGGGCCAGAUCGGUCUGGGCACAGAGAGCUACAUCCCAGAGCCCAGAGAUGUGAUGGUGGGACAGCCAGUGGCCUGGGUGUCUUGUGGAUACCACCACUCAGCGUUUGUCACAGUGGAUGGGGACCUCUACACGUUUGGGGAGAGUGGGAGCGGAAGACUGGGUGUAUUCCCAGACCAGUUAGCCAAUCACAGAGUCCCUCAGCGUGUGGAAAGCAUCCAGGACCCGGUCGUCCAAGUGUCCUGUGGAGGGGAGCACACAGUGGCACUCACAAAGGACAAUGUGUACGCAUUUGGGCGGGGGCAGCAUGGGCAGCUAGGCCAUGGGACCUUCCUGUUCGAGGUACCUUUGCCAAAAGCACUGGACCACUUCCGGAAUGGCAGAGUCAGUCACGUAACCUGUGGAGAGAACCACACUGCAGUGAUCACAGACAGUGGGAUUCUAUACACCUUUGGGGACGGUCGCCAGGGUAAACUAGGACUGGGGGAAGAGAACUUCACCAACCAGUUCAGACCAACACUGUGCCCACGCUUCCUCAAAUACAGUGUCCAGUCAGUGGCAUGUGGCGGCUCUCACAUGCUGGUGCUGGCUAUGCCCAGACUCCCAGAGGUUGAGGAAGUGGUGAUAGAGGAGGAUGAUGUUACAGAGAGCAUUCUGGAGUCUCUGGAGACCUACACCGAGCUGCUCCUGAUGGACCCCUCCUUCCUGAUGCCCAACCCACAGACCACACCUCCUCUCUGGACCCUGUCUGCUAGGGCCCGCCGCAGGGAGAGGGAGAGUUCUCCAGAGCAGUUUGGCCAGAUGUUCCGUAACCUUCCGCCUCUGAUGUCAGGCUUCCUCAACGCCUCCCUGCCCCUGUCCAGAAAUAUCCGCAUCUCCAGAACACCAUCUGAAGACCCCUGCACCUCCUCACUGUCCUCCAAUCCCUCCUCAAACGACCCCCCCAGCCCCUCACUCUCCCUUAAAUCCAGAUCCAAAACCCCAUUAACACCGUCACCCAAGUUCAUAUUCCCAGACCCUCCUAGCCCUUCACUCUCCUCCAAGUUCUCCCCUAAGAAGAGGCCCAGCCCAUCAAAAUCCCCCAAAUAUGCAUCUAAAGAACACCUCACCCCCCCACAGUCCUUUAAAUCCACACAUAAACUCAUCCCCACCCCCUCAGUGUCCCCUAAACCCUCCUCUGUAAAGCCCACAGAUGACAACCAAUCCCCAAAACGCUGUCUGAGGGUCCCACCACACCACAGACAGGUAGCUGAAUCCUACAAUGCUGUCUUUCCUUUUCACCACAGUACAGUGCCUUCGGAAAAGAGGACCAAGGACACUGUGAUAGAAGCAACUGACAGCCGGAUGCUCAUUGAGAAUUUGAAGAAGAACAUGGAUGAAGAGAACAAUAAAGACAUGUUGCCAGACAUGGCAUUACCAUCAGGGGGAGAUUUUGGCGAUGAGACUGGGACUACAUCUGCAGAACAGAAGGAUAAGAGACAUAAAAAGGGUCGGGCUCUGAGGAGAGCUGUUAAGGAGGCAGAAAUGGAGGUUGAACAAGCCCCGGCCAACAGGAAGCCGCAGCUACUUUCCCAUAAGGUCCUUCCUACCGAGCUUCUGAGAGGCUCCAGCUUGAGUUCAUUAAAGGCAGAGGGCACGCCCCCAAAGAGCCCCAAAUGCUUAAUGAACCCUCAGACCCCAGCCAGCGGCAAGGAAAACAUUGCCUUGACAGCAGAAAAUUCUGGCAUCAAAGUGAACACCAGUAAACUGACAGGUAGUAAUCUGCAAAGCACAGAUGCACUACCUCAAAAUGCUGGAGAUAAGAAGUCAACAAAGUCACUGGUUGUCUGUCAGGUCAGGGAUAGAGUGGAGGUCCCAGGGGAAGAUGCCUUUGAUGAAUCGCAGAAGGGGAAGCCUAGCUGGGGAGGAUUUCUCAGCGAUGCAGCCUCUCUCCUUCCAGAUGUGGGGAUGGCGGGGACAGCCAUGGGGGUCCUGAGUGAGGCGGUGACGAGCGUGAGGGGGAUUCAGUCGGAGAGUGACACAGACACUUCUAUCCCUCCUCGGCGGUCCAGCCGGGUAGAGAAGUUCACCAAACAGAGCGCCAUCACCCAGCCUUCCUCCACAUCACCCUCUUCUUCAACAUCAGAUCCAAGCACAGCUGAGCAAAGCAAGAGGACUGACGCCCGCAUCGGCACCCUCAGGAAUUCUGAUCAGGAAGUGGGGAGCAGGAUUAUUGAGAAGGACCCAGAAACCACAGAGGCUGCUAGUGAGAGGUCAGGGGGUCAGGCCAAGGUUGAUUAUGAUGAGAACUCUAGUAGUCAAAGUUCGGGAGCUGAGGAUGAUGAAGAUAAAGAGUCCACAAAGAGACAUGGAGAUGGGACAGAAAUGGAGAGCACCAAACAAGAGGAAAAAGAGGAUUACAGAAGUGUUAAGGGUCUGGAAGAUAACAGUGAAGACAGUGAUACUGUGGCCAGCGGAGAGGGAGACGAGGGUAGAGAAGAAAAGAGUGAAGACAGCGAGGGCAGAGAGGCAGAAGAAAAGAGUGAAGACAGCGAGGGCAGAGAGGCAGAAGAAAAGAGUGAAGACAGCGAGGGCAGAGAGGCAGAAGAAAAGAGUGAAGACAGCGAGGGCGGAGAGGCAGAAGAAAAGAGUGAAGACAGCGAGGGCGCGGAAGAAGAAAAGAGUGAAGAGAGCGAGGGCGCAGAGGCAGAAGAAAAGAGUGAAGAGAGCGAGGGCGCAGAGGCAGAAGAAAAGAGUGAAGACAGCGAGGGCGCAGAGGCAGAAGAAAAGAGUGAAGAGAGCGAGGGCGCGGAAGAAGAAAAGAGUGAAGACAGCGAGGGCGCGGAAGAAGAAAAGAGUGAAGACAGCGAGGGCGCAGAGGCAGAAGAAAAGAGUGAAGACAGCGAGGGCGCGGAAGAAGAGAAGAGUGAAGAGAGCGAGGGCGCGGAAGAAGAGAAGAGUGAAGAGAGCGAGGGCGCGGAAGAAGAAAAGAGUGAAGAGAGCGAGGGCGCGGAAGACGAAAAGAGUGAAGAGGAUGCGGAGAGGUGUGAGAGUGAGGGGACAGGUGAUGGGGAGGAGAGCAAAGAGAGUGAUUCUGAGGCAAGCCUAGAGGAGGAGGGAGAUGAGACGAGUGCACAGAGUGAGGGGGAAGGAGAAGAGGGCGAAAGUGGAGAGGAGGAGAUGAGUGAAGAAGAGUCCAGUGAUGAAGAGAGUGGGGAUAAAAAAAAAGAGGAAGAGGAGGAGAGCAAUUCGAGUGAGUAUGAAAAGGAGGAGAGUGGUGAUGAAUCAGGAAGUGAGGCUGAGCGCAAGAGUGAGGUAUCAGCAGAAGAGAAAGAAGAUAAACAAGCAGAAAAAGCAGAAAGUAAAGCCACUGAGUCAGCAGAGGAGGAAGGAGAGAACCAAGAAGAGGAAGAGAGUGGAGCAGAGGAGGAAGGAGAGAACCAAGAAGAGGAAGAGAGUGGAGCAGAGGAGGAAGGAGAGAACCAAGAAGAGGAAGAGAGUGGAGCAGAGGAGGAAGGAGAGAACCAAGAAGACGAAGAGAGUGGAGCAGAGGAUGAAGGAGAGAACCAAGAAGAGGAAGAGAGUGGAACAGAGGAGGAAGGAAAGAACCAAGAAGAGGAAGAGAGUGGAGCAGAGGAGGAAGGAGAGAACCAAGAAGAGGAAGAGAGUGGAGCAGAGGAGGAAGGAGAGAACCAAGAAGCGGAAGAGAGUGGAGCAGAGGAGGAAGGAGAGGGAGAGGAUAAGGAAGGUAGUGAAAGUAAAGAAAAUGAGGAGGGGGAGGAGGAGGCAGGCGUAAGUGAGGAGGAGGGGGAGGAAGAAGAGGACGAGGGAAAGGAUGAAGAAAGUGGAGAAGGUGAGGAUGAUGCAGGAGAGGGGGAAGCACUUGAGGGUGAGGAUGAAAAGGAAGGUGAAAAGGAUGAGAACAACGAAGUUGAAGAGGGUCAGGAGGGACGAGAAGAUGAUGAGAAAGAAGCCAGGGGAGAGGAAGAGGUUGAAGGUGGAAAAGGUGAGGAAGAGGAGGAGGAAGAAGAGGGAGACAAAGAAGCAGAAGGAGAAAAAGAAGGAGAGGAGGAGGAAGAAGAAAGACAGCAAGGAGAGGGGGAGGAUGAAGGAAAGGAAGAGGGUGAAGGGGAGGAGGAAGAAGAAGAGGAAAUUAAGAAUAGAGAAGAUCAAGGAGAAGGAAAGGAUGAGGAUAUGAAAGAAAGAGAAGAGAAUAAUGAGGAGAAGGGAGAGGAUGAGAGUGAAAAGGGGGAUGGUGAAAAACAGGAAGAGGAGAAAGAGGAAAGAGGAGUGCAUGAAGAGAGAGAUGAGGAAGCAAAUAAACCAAAAGAGGAAAGGGAGUGGCAAGAGGAGGAAGUGAAGGGAAAAAACAGGGAGGGGGAGGAGAAGGGGGGAGGUAAAAAAGCAGGGAAAGAAAAUAAGACAAGUGAUGGGGAGGUAGAACAAGAGGAGGAAGAAGAGGGCACAUGUGAACAGAAAGGGGAGAUGGAUGAGGAGGAAACUGGAGCGGGAGAGGAGGAAGGGGAAGGAGAAGAAGAGGAAGAGGAGAAAGAUAGUAAAGGAGAGGAAGAGGAGGGAGAGGGAGAGGAAGAAGAAGAGGGGGAGGGGGAGGAAGAUAGUAAAGGAGAGGAAGAGGAGGGAGAGGAAGACGAAGAGGGAGAGGAAGAAGAAGAGGGGGAGGAAGAAGAAGAGAGAAAAUCACAGAAAGGGAUAAAGAAAGGGUCACAGAACGUACCACCUAAAGCAGCUCCCCCCAGCAGGAAAGGGAAGGAAGAGCCCCCAAUGGAGAAACCCAAACCACCAGCCCGCACGAAGCUGAGGACCACAGGGGGAAAACAGGCCAAUGGAACCCAAGAAUCCCAACAGUUCUGGAACAAUGUCUUACCCCAGUACCUGGAGCUGAAGUGAAAUAUACUGGACAUCAAUGGUUCCCAAUUUUAUUUGGGUCAGAACCCAUAACCUGACUGUUAAUAACAGCUGGAAUGGGUCUGGACCUCAGAAAACGAAGCCAGGUGCUCAAUAUACAGCACGACCCUACGUAAACUCCUUGAAUUUAAUCAAUAUCUGCAUACAAUUUACACAAUAUGCCCACUGUACUGUAAGGUACUAAACUGAGUGUACUCAUGCACUAUACUGUACUGAAUUGUAAUAUACAGAUAUUUGUAUUAAAUAAAGAGAAAUUGAGAAUUUCACAGGACUGUCA